ACUCCAGUUGUUUAGAGAAGCCGGAAGUGAAUACAAGAAAAAUACAAGAAACAGAGGAGGACAGUUAGUGAUCCACACGAAGAGCUUGUCAAAGACCGAACUGAAAACUACUGCCGUCUAAUCGUCACAUUUCCUCAAGAAGCACCAGCCAGCAGCAGAAGUGGAUUAUGUCCAGCAUGGAAAAGAAUUUGUUUAACCUCAAGUUUGCAGCCAAAGAACUUCAGCGAAGUUCCAAGAAAUGCGACAAAGAAGAGAAAGCAGAGAAGGCCAAGGUCAAGAAGGCUGUCCAGAAGGGUAAUAUGGAGGUUGCCCGGAUACAUGCGGAAAAUGCCAUUCGCCAGAAAAACCAAUCAGUGAACUUCCUCAGAAUGAGCGCAAGAGUAGAUGCGGUGGCAGCGCGAGUACAGACAGCAGUCACCAUGAACAAGGUCACCAAAUCUAUGGCUGGGGUGGUGAAGGGCAUGGAUGCAACCCUGAAGAGCAUGAACCUUGAGAAGAUUUCAGCUCUAAUGGAUAAGUUUGAGCGUCAGUUUGAAACUCUGGACGUACAGACGGCUCAGAUGGAGGACACAAUGAGCAGCACCACAACACUCACUACACCACAGGGUCAAGUUGAUGCUCUUAUGAUGGAAAUGGCAGAUGAGGCCGGGCUGGACCUCAAUAUGGAGCUUCCUCAAGGUCAUACAGGAUCAGUGGCAGCCAGCGUAGCAUCUACAGAGCAGGAUGAGCUCUCUCAGAGACUGGCCAAACUCAGAGACCAGGUUUAAGGAGAACCGGGUGUGUGUAUGUGAAAGAGAGAGAUUGUGUAUAUGCGAUUUUGUAUGAAACAUAUCCCCACUGGAAAUAUUGGCCUCAUUUGUUUAGUUUUCUUUUUAUGCAGUUGAGGAUGGGUGUGCAGCUUUCAUUAUCCACAAUAACACGCAGGAAACUCAAAUAGACAAAAUUACAAAUUUUACAUGGUCAUCUGGUUAGUUUCGGGGUCCUGCUCUAAACUUAAUCAGUAAUAAUUGAAUUAAAGAUUAUUAUACAUUUCUUUGUAAUCUGGUUCGCUAAUUUGCGUUCAUGUUUUAAUACCUACUUGUCUUUCAAAUACCUUUCACGUUGAUAUCAGACAAAUGUAGAGUAAAACAGUGACUUCUUUAUCUUCCUGCUGCACACGUGGUUUGUCUCUGCUUUGAACGAUUGUGGGAAUUUUUAAUUUAAAAUGCAUGUGAUCAAGAUAAUGAUUUGAAUAAAGUCUCAUAAUUUUGUCCAAAGCAGUGAAAUU